CGACGAAAGCCAUCCAUCUCUUAAAGGGACGUGUUUCCCCCACUUCUCCAUCGUGUUCGAGCGCUCCUAGCCGUUACAAAACGUCUUAAACCGAAGCUUCACAUCGCGACAGUAGGUGGGGUGGAUGGUUGUCGCGUUCCGACAAUCUCAUAUAUCGCAAUAGACGGCAACCCGCGCCAGUGGAGCUGUCGCCCAUCAUGAGCGCCACUGCGACCCAGCUGCCGGCGACCCAACAGCCGACGCAAACACCAUCCUCCGCCGCCGCCGUUGGUGGUCAAGGUUCCGCCUUGCAGCCUCCUCAGCACAAGCGCGUAUACCAGGCUUGCAUACCCUGCCGUCGACGCAAAGUCCGUUGUGAUCUGGGCAGCGUCGACAAUCCCCACGAUCCACCAUGCGUGCGCUGCCGUCGUGAGAGCAAGGAGUGCUACUUCAGCGCCACACGACGCAAGCGCAAGAAUGAAGAGGAGGGUGAUGACGAGGAAGAUUACGUUGUGCGCAACGGCCGCAAGCGCUCCCAUCUGGACGGUUCGCCUACCGUUCCCAACAUAUAUUCGUUCAGCAGUGUGCCCUUGACGCCCGGGGGGUCGAUUAAUAAGAACCAGUCCUCGAGGCGAUCCAACGGCGAACGAGACGGAAGAACACACAGUAGAGGAACGAGCUUUGACAUCAGCGGGGACGAUCCCAAUGGACAGCUGGAAAAUCUGGAGGCACAGUCCGUCAUGAGGAGGGAAGUGUAUGGGCCACAUGAUGCGUUGGAUCUGCUCUACAAAGCCGCCACAGACAGCCCGCACCACCACAAUCUCCACAGUCGCCAGGAAAGCACGCCCACAGUCGUGCAGACAACUCCAGCCCCGGUCUUGAGCCUAAAGACCCCUAGAGAGCAAACGUUCAACCACCGUACCAACGGCAGAGUAGAGUCGAGAUCCGAAGAUCUCAUAGAUCCAAGUCUGCUGCGUCAGGAGGAUCAUGAGAGGGCGAAGAUCGAGGCGAGGCUCGCUCUGAAUCCGGAUGAACCCGGACUGCAAGAGGCUCUCAGAGCUUGGUCGAGAUUCCGCUUUGUAAGAGCAGGAUGGUUCACCAGCGAGGAGGCCAUCAAGUAUAUCGCAUACUACUAUGAGUUCUUAUCACCCAUGACUCCAAUCUCACCGCCUACGUUUCGAAGUCCAGCUUCCCAUGUCACUCUUCUCACAGAGGAACCCAUAUUGACCGUCACCUUGUUAACAAUAGCCUCGAGGUACUACAGGCUCAUGGGUACCGGUGGCCACUGCAGGUCUCAUGCAAUACAUGAAGAACUUUGGAGAUAUCUUCGCAGGAUGAUUGAAAGAUGUCUCUGGGGCCAGGAGGCGUUUGGAGGCGGCUUUUGCGGAUCUGGUGCUGAUGAUUCUCAGACGUCCAGCACCGCUCCCUGGCGUGGCAUGAGAAAGGGGAGUCUUCGCACCUUGGGCACAAUCGAAUCGUUGAUGAUUUUGACGGAAUGGCACCCACGCGCUCUUCACUUCCCCCCCGACGAAGCCACUGAUGAGCUUAUGCUUCCCUCAUAUGAUAGCCGCGAUCAUUUAAGUCACGAUGAGGAUGGAAACAUGCGACUCGGCGGUAAUGUGGGAGGGAAGCGCAUUGAGAGUUGGCUUGAGCCUGCUUGGCGAAGUGACCGCAUGUGCUGGAUGUUGCUUAGUACUGCCAUGGGUCUCGGUUAUGAAUUGGGUGUUUUCGAUGACAUUGAUCAAUUGCUUGCCAACAAUGGGAUCCAACGACCUGAAUACGAGGAAGAGCCGUACCGGUUGCGGGCAAUGCGAAUUAAACGCCUACUCUUGGUUUACUCGACUCAACUCGCUGGUCGCCUAGGCUGGACAAACAUGGUGCCAGAGAGUAUUAGGAAAACAGACCCGACUCUUACUCGCAAGCGACCCGUGUCGAACGAGGGUAACACACCCGGAACUAACCCCUCCGUGGUAUCGAAUGCUUUCAGUUAUGUCCCAGACGUCGAGCUUGAUGACCAGAUCAUCCAUUGUUGGGUGGGUGUGAGCAAUGCCAUGCACAUUGGUAACGAAAAGUUGUUCCGAUCUCGCAAACACACCACCGACAUUAUCACGAGCGGAAACUACACCAAAGAACUGAAAAAGUUCCAACCAAUUCUCGGAGAGUGGUGGCAAGAAUUCGAGCGCAUGCGACUUCCGCCUUUCACAAAGCAUAUCCUCACCAUCGAGUAUGAAUACGUCAGGAUCUACAUCAACUCGUUGGCCCUACAAGCUGUCGUCGAAAGAAGCACCAAUAAUGCUGGAGGCCCUAACAAUGUACAACAGCAAUUGUCGCCCCAGACGCAGAAUUACAUCGGCACAAUUCCCCUUGGCCGCCUGGGUGGUUUUGGUGUGGAGGAUCAAGAAUAUGUUAAAGAAGUCGUGGAAGGAUGCCGCAACUUGUUGCGUACUGUCGUGGAUGGCCUUCUGCCUGAAGGAUACCUCAAACACGCACCUGUUCGCACGUACUUCAGGAUCAUCAGUGGUGCCAUGUUUCUGCUGAAGACGUUCGCACUUGGCGCUCCAAAACACGAUGUUGAGCUUAGUAUUUCACUCAUGGAUCGAACCGUUGCUGCUCUUCGGAGUUGCGUCGUGGACGACGUUCAUCUCGGUACCAGGUUUGGGGACCUGCUCGAAUCACUAACUUCACGCUUGAGAGAUCGUUUCAAGUACGCGCCGCCGAAUGUGACAGGCGAUUCAAAGAGCCCUCACCCGUACAAUGCCAAUAGCAGCAGAGCGGCUAGCGUCAAUGGCCAUUCGCACACGAAUGGCAUUGAGACAGGUUACCCUAGCCAUGCUUCAAAGUUGAGAGACGGGCUGACGAUGCCAGCUCGAUCAUCCACGCCUUCUCUGCCCAUCACGGCAACACCAUUCGAUGUGAACGGUGGCCAUUUCCCGUAUCCCGGUGGCACAGCGUCCGUUUUCGGUCCGAACACACCAGCGCCGUCCGGUAAUGGCAUGGAUUCCACUGGACUCGGGGAUAACGUGUAUGAAUCUGGCGGGGACUGGACUAAUAAUCCUGAUGACCAAAUGUGGUACCUGCCACUUGGUCCAGGCUUGUUCCAGAACGUUGGCGAAAACUCGAACGUGACCAUGACCGAUCAAGGUCUCAGUAUUGGCCAGAUGGACAUGCUGGACUAUAUGACCAUGGACAACACUCAGUUCAACCACCCGAUGGAUAGUUCUGGGUUCUGAUGGAGCAGUCCGCUCUCAAGCACGAACAGUACGGGACAUACGAUAGAGGGCAUUUAACGACUUAGGAAUCACGGCCGCGAUUGUAACUGCGUUAUCACGCGGGAUGAAGUUGCUGCCGAUUUACUUAUCACUUUUGCACUGGCUGGGCCUCAUUAAUAUCACGCUUGGGGGCUCAUGGGCCUUUGUUGGUUUUUCUCAAGAUUUGUUCUUUU